AAACUUCUGCAAGAUGUUGAAAAGGCUUCGAAACAUCACCAAAAGAGAUGCAGAUAAGGAAGAUGAGCCCCCACCCUCACCACAGCGUCCCCAGCAGGGGGCAGCACCACAGUCACCACAUCGAGAGACUGGGGAUCACAAUAAAGAGGGUUUCUUGUGUCCUAUGUGUAUGAAUGAGAUGUCAUCUGCCGAGGCUCUACAGAGCCAUUUUGACCUUGUCCAUAACCAAGAGCAAGCCAAGGGUUUCCUGUGCCCCAUUUGUAUGCAGUCAUUCCACACAGCCGAGGCACUGCAGCGGCAUUUUGAUGAUGCACAUGAUGAGAAUAAGGGUUUUAUCUGCCCCAUGUGUAAGACAGGGUUCCAGUCAGCUGAAGGUUUACAGUCUCAUUACGAGAAGGAGCAUGAUGGCCUCGCUGAAAACAGGUACAUAGCUGGGGAUGUGUUGGCUCUAAGGCAAGAGCUAGAUGACUUGAGAAAGUCUUUGAAGGAAGAAAGAUGGUAUGCAGUUGAACUGAAGAAAGAAAACGAGAGGUUACAGAGUGGAAGAUCACCAACUAAAGGAUCCAUGGACAGUGUUGAAAUGGAUAUGAUGAAGCAGCAGCUGAAGGCUUCAGAAGAGAGCAGAACACUGUUGUCUGUGGAGGUGAACAAUAUGCAAAAAGAGCUGAAUGAAGCUGCACAAAAACUGAAAGAUCACAAUGAGGAAAAGAAGAUGAUAGAACAGAAAGCUGCAAAGCUGGCAGGGGAUGUGGUGUUAUACAAGGCCAGGGCAGAUGAAGCAGAGGGACAGAAGACUGCUUUGGAAGAUCACAUUUUAACUCUCAAGAGUCAACUUAAUGACAAGACUGUGUAUGCCCAGAGUUUAGAGACUUCACUUGCUCAAAGGCCCGGUGCUGAUGAUGUGAUGGUGCUGAAGCAAGAGUUGGUGCAGACCCACACCAUGAUGGACCAGCUGGCACAGGAGAAAGAGGCAGAGAAAGAAAAGAUGGAGAAGGACUAUGAAGAGUUAAAGACUAGAUAUCAAGAGAGUGAGCAAUUGACUAGGGAGCUGAGGGAAGAACUGGCUAGGGCUCCCAAACUGGAGGAGUUACAGAGACUCCAGGCAUCUGCUGCAGACUCCAGCUCUGGCUCUCAGAAACUCCUGGAGUCCUUGCAGAAAAAGCAAGAAGAGGCAUCAAUGUUACAGGGACAGUUGGAACAGCUUCGACAGGAAAAACUGCAACUUGACCAGACUCUGCAGGAAAAAUGUUCAGAAAUUGGAAAACUGAACAAAGAAUUAGAAACCAGGGGAAACAGUCUUCACCAGGACAUAGCAACUCUAAAGGAGCAGCUGAAGGAAAGGGACCAGGCCAUCCAACAAAAGGACUCAAAUAUCAAAACUUUAAAGGAAGACAUUGGUGCUAAGGAGACAUUAUGCAAUGAAUUGCAGGAAGAAAUUUUAGAGAAGGAAAAGUCACGAGAAGAAGUCAGAGAGCAGAUGAGAGAAAAGCAACUGGUUUACCAACAGCUUGAGCAAAAGUUUACAGAGAUUGAACAAAAAACACACGACAUGCAGCAGACUUUGAAUGAAAAGGAUAGUUACUUGCAAGAGAUGCAGCAGAUUAUCUCUGAUAAGGAAGAGAGCAGUCAGCAGUUUCAGCAGCUCUUGCAGUCCAGUCAAGAAAAUUGUGAGCAACUUCAGAAACAGUUAGGAGAGUUGGAACAGAGGAAUGUACAUUUGCUAACAUGUGUUGAGGAAAAGGAGCAGAGCCUCAAGGAAAUUCAAGAAGAAAUGAUGAAGACCAAGGCAGCUAUGGCAGAGAAGGAAACUCAUCUGGCAUCUUUAACUCAACAACUCGGGGACACCAAACAGUCUUCACAAGGGCAGCUACAUGAGAGAGAGCAGCAGUACACUGCUCUGAAACUGGAACUGGACAAGACUGUAAACCAAGUUAAGGUCCAUAAAGCCAGUAUUGAGGAUCUGACAAAGCAGCUAAAUGAUGUUCACAUAAGACACCAGGAAGAGUCCUCCAGAGCCGAGGAGUUCAAAGUUCUGCUGAGAGAGAAGUCCGGGGAAUUGGAGAAUGAAAUAAGAAGUAGAGAAGCAAGGGAUUCCAAAAUCAAAGAGCUGGAAGGCAUCAUGUCCUCACUCAGGGAAACCAUAGACCGCAUGGAGACGGAGAAGACAGACCUUAUAGCAAAGAUAGAAGCUGGAGAGGGAGUGGCCACUGCCAUCAACCAACUUAAACAGGAAAAUGCAACUCUCCAUGAACAACUGACUUAUGCAAAGAAGACCUUGGAAACUCAGGGUGAGGAGAGCCAGAAGAAGGAAGAGACCCUGUUCAAGCAGCUCCAAGAAUUGAAAUCACAGCUUGCAGAUGUCCAGGAAAAGUGCGCCAAGUCUGAGGUGGGCUUGACUGAGAAAGGGGAGAAACUGGCAUCUGCGCAACAAAGGAUUACCGAGCUGGAGACUGAGAUAAAGAGCAAGCAUGAAGUGUUACUGGCCACAGAAGCAGCUAAGAGCAGCCAGAGAGCUGACUUGGAGAACCACAUCAAGACCACACAGGCAGCACUGGAGGAGAAAACUCAGGAGCUGAACACCAUCAAACAGCAGCUAGAACAGGUGACAGGUGAAUUGAACUCCCGUGGUGACCAGUGCAGACAGCUGGAUGUCACCUUGAAGGAAGCCAAAACCAAGUGCAAUGAUCUGGAGCAGAAAUGUGUGGCAGCACAGGCAGAUAUUGCCAGCAAGGUAACUGCUUUGGAAAAACUUCAAGGUGAAAAAGCAGACCUAGAGAAGAAAUUAAAAACUGCUAAAAGUGAUGGAAGAGAGAAAGAGAACUCUCUCUCAAAGGGUUAUCAAGGCUAUAAUCUCUUAAGGAAUUAUUACAAAAACACGCUUGACAAAAUCAACUAACUUUGAAUAUCAUUGG